AUGGCCUCCCCCACUUACUACAACUUCCCACCUUUCUUUCACUACCAACCACCUCCUCCUGUGCGUCGUCCACCACCCCCACAUCCUCCAUCCCCGAGCAGCCACACUACAGUGAUUGUGGUAGUUUUUGUUUCAUUUGGUGGCAUUCUCUUCCUCGCAUGCAUUGCAGCUGCCCUUUGCUACUUCUUGAAGAAGAGGAAGAAGAGUGUUCAAGGAACGGAGGUGGUGCAUGUUGAUGAACAUUUGAAGGUGAAAGAGGACUUUGUGAAAGGACCUCAUGGAAUGGAAGCUGUGGGUCUGGUGAUUGAAGAUGAUGUGCAUGUUGAUGAAGUUAUCAGGAAGAAUGAAGAAUUCGGAAAAGGGUUGCAUGAAAAAGGUUCGGAGAGAAAAGCAAGCGGUCGGCUUCAGGUGGGAGCUUCUUCUUCUUCGUUGGGACAUGAUAAUCAUCACCAGUCUGACAAUAUUUAA